AUGAAACGUAUUAAAUCGAUUUUCAAUCACAAAAAAUCAAAUAAAAAUGAACAAACUCUCAGAGAAGAUUUUGCACGAAACAACUUUAGUGGAACAUCAAAACUUGAUUUAUCCAAUAUCGAAAAAGAAGAUUCAGUUGAUUUUCGUCAUCGAUCAUGUUCAUUAGAUGAAAAUCAUUUGAAUUUCCAAGAAGAUUCUCAAUGGCAAUGUCAAUUGUGUGACACAAUUAAUUCAACUGAAAAUCAAUUAUGUUCCAAUUGUCAAACAAAUAAAUUUCAUGUUUAUAUUCCAAUGAAUCAUCGUGAUAAACCAAAUCAUUAUCGUCGAAGUGUUCUCAUCGCACAAAAACGCCAAUUUGAUGAACAUUUCGUUUUAAAACAUGUUGAAAAACUUUAUCAAAAUUUAUUAUUAACACAUCGACGAUUUCAUGAUCAAUCAUUUCCUGCUUCAUCUCAAUCGAUUUAUAUCAAUGGUUGUUCAUUUUCGAAAUCAACUUUAGCUGUUUUACCUGAACAUCAAACAAAUUUAUCUUUAAAUCGUCACAUUCAAUGGUUAAGACCUAAUCAAAUUAAUCCAUCGGAAUGGAAUCAAAAUUCCACUUCUCAAUGGACAGUUUUUCGAAAUCCAAAACCAAAUGAUGUUGUACAAGGUGCAUUAGGUGAUUGUUGGUUUAUUACUGCAUUAAGUGUUCUUGCUGAAGAAGCGGAAUAUUUAAUGAAAGUUUUGAUUACAAAAGAAUAUAAUCCACAAGGAUUUUAUUAUGUUCGAUUGUGCAAAGAUGGUGAAUGGACACAAGUGAUUGUUGAUGAUCGUUUUCCUUGUACAUCAAGUCAACGUUUAGCAUAUUCUCAAGCACAUCGAAAACAACUUUGGGUUCCAUUGAUUGAAAAAGCUCUGGCGAAAUUAAAUGGAAGUUAUGAAGCAAUUAUAGCUGGUCGUUGUUGUGAAGGUUUAGCUACAGUGACGGGAAGUCCUUGCGAAACAUUGAUACUUGGUCGAACGAAUAAUCCAGAUGAUAAGAAUGUUGAUCUCGAUCAACUUUGGAUGAAAUUGUACAAUGCACGGUUAAAUAAAUUUCUCAUGUGUGCAAUGUGUAGUAAUAAUCAAUUAUCGAAAGAGGAAUUUCAGAAAGCGGGUUUGUUGAAUGUCCAUGCUUAUUCGUUGCAAGAUGUUAAACAGUCAAAUGAUGGAAAACAUCGAUUAGUGAAAUUAAGAAAUCCAUGGGGCGGAACUUAUCGAUGGAAUGGUGAUUGGUCAGAUGAUUCUCCUCUCUGGUUGGAAAAUGCUGAUUUACGAAAAGAAUUAUUGAAAGAAAAGCGAAGUAAACGUGAUGGAGUGUUUUGGAUGCCAUUUACUUCAUUUGUGAAAUAUUUCGAAUGUGUGGAUAUUUGUAAAAUAAGACCCGAUUGGUAUGAAGUACGAGAUUCGGCGAAUUUCUAUCCCGAACAGGGAAUGAUGCAAUGUUAUUAUUUAACAAUUAAAUCUCGGACUGAACUUGAUAUAACACUUCAUAGAAAAAUAAGUAAAAAUCUUCGAAUACAACGAAGUGAAGUUAGUCUUUGUGUGGCAAUUGUGAGUAUUGAAGAAAGAACUGCUGGAAAUUAUCGAAUUUAUUCGAUACCAAUUCUUAGUCAACGUGGUCAACAUAAAUUUGUGUCAACAGAUGGUUUUCUUCAACCGGGAACUUAUCUUAUUUUACCUUUUCUAUUCAAUCCAAUCAAUAAACAAAUGGAUAAUACAGAAUUCAAUAUUGCUGUACAUAGUUCGUGCUCAAUCGAUCUGGAACGAAUUCGAAUUUCUUUGAGAAUUCAACGAGAAUUUCUAAUCAAACUUUGUAUACUUUAUGGUGAACAAGUUCAAACGCGGAAUUCAAUGGACGAUGGAGUGAAAAUUUAUGAAUUAAAGAAAUUUUGGGAUGGAUUAAUCUUACUUGUUGAAAAUCGAAAUCUGAAUAAAAAUGUUCAUUUUCAUUUUCGUUGCACUUUAUCGCAAAAUGCAUUUAUUUCCAGGAAGGAUUCAAAUCAUCAAUUAUUUGACGUUAUUCCAUCAAUGCAUCGGCAAAUUAUUGUUACUAUCGCAAGAAAAAACGCUUCCCAUUCAUUUACUAUUGGACAUGAUUUUCAAUAUAUUCUUUCGUCACAAGAUUUUAUUAAAAAUUCACAUAUCAAUAAACAAAAACAUUGGCCCAAUAUUGAUGAAUCAAUUCUUAAUGUAACUUUGCCUAUUCAUAUUCUGUAUUCUCUACGAUGUGUCAAGGAAAGAAGAGAUAGGUCCACAAAGUAUCGAAAUAUGAACCGUGGCGGUCGUUUCGUAGAUCUUGAUUUAGAGAAUGAAUCUACAAAUUCAAAUUCGUGGGAAAGCGCAUUAAAAGCGGCGACGGAAAAUCUUCGAUGCUUUAUCAGUCUCAGGUCAACAAAUCCCGAAAUCCAUGUUUCGGAUCCGAGUAUAGGAUUGUUCGACCUGGGGUCACAAUCAUCCGAAGCACAACGAAAAAUCCUUUUAGAACGAGAACAUCGAACAAAAUUACAAAAGGAAGUAAAUGAGUUCAAAGAACUAAACGGAAAAUUAUUGCGAUCGAAUAGGCAAUCACGAUCUGAACUCAAUGAAUUACGAAAUGCUAAUGUACAAGGUGUUAUAUCCAAUACAAAGAAAGACCAUUACAAAUGA